GUGUAAAGUUCAUGGUUCAUUUUUUGCAAAGAUGACAUUCUCACCAAUUUUUAACAGGGUUUUUCCUCUCUUACAGAAGGCGGGUACCGGUGUCUACAAACCUGACCACGAGUGGGUGCAGUGUGACAAAUGCAGAAAGUGGAGAAUGUUGAGCCAUGGCUUCAACAGCAAGAGUUUACCACUUCAGUGGUUCUGUUACAUGAAACCUUUUAAUGGUAAGUGCGAGAUACCAGAACAGGAAGUUGAACCUGGAGUGAUAACAAUAUCCAGCAAGCGUUUGGGAUACACUCCCACUGGAGAUCGCGAAGAGAUAAAGGGCAAGUUCUCCAGAAAAGCUGCGGAGACAUCAGAAAGUAUGACCCUGAAAAUUGUUCUCUUCCUUAGUUACUCUGGUUUGCUGCUACAAGUAUAAUAGUUAAGUUCCUCUUUUGCCUGGUGAGGAGAGGUGUUUGUUAAAGUGGUUUGUGCAUAAGUAGAUAAAGUUUCCAAGUUUAGGUGCAGCUUGGAUAUAUGAUUAUAGAUGGUCAUUAGAGUUCUAUUUGGAGGGUUGACCCAAGAUAUCAAUGUUUAUUGGGAAGGUUUGCUGGGUGGGAAAUCUGGAAUUGAUGAUUUCAUUUAAGUUUAGUGUUUUUGUGGUACAGACUACCGAGGUCUAUAUCCCGUGCCAUUACUUGAGGUAAAGUAAACAUAUCCGGAGCAUGUUUGUCAUGCUGAUGGUUCAGUUUUCAGUGCGAGAAACAAAGAAACCUUUCAGCUCUUUAAUAGGGUGGAAUUUCUUUGAUGGUUGUUGUCACGGGGGCGUUUUUGGUCAGUCCAAAGUCACACCCGCGCGGCAGUCAAGUUCCGCACUUGACUCAGCCUUCCUUAACACUUAGCCAAAUUUCAGCAAGUUUGGCCUUAACGAAUUUUUAGGCAGCAAAUCAGAAAUUAAGUAAGAACACAAAGCCAAUACGGGAAAAUUCCCAACCCUUGUAUCAAUUUCGAAAACAUACAAAGGACCCUCACUUUGCUAUGAACACAAUCCGCUCACAGCCCACUUUUGGCAAAGAACAUAAGUCGUUCUUGGCCAACACUAAGACCUGCCCAAGCCUAGCCUUAGUCCCCUUUGAAACACUUUGAAACCCUCACGUUUCACUCUUGUUUCCCACUUAUAAUUUCACACGAAAUUACCCACAUCAAUCUGACUAAGUCCAAAGGCCCUAUUUAUAGAACAUAGGCAGCCCUUAAACUUGACAGCACAUGACACUUGUCGUCUACAGCUUUUGCCACUUGUCGGGCUAAGUUUAAAUCUUGUUCCUAACAUGUAGUUGACAUCCCCAACUACUUAGGACACAAUAUACACGAAAUGGAUAAUGGAACAAGCAUGAUCAGAUCAUGGGACAAAGAAGUUAAGACAAGGUAACUGCCAAAACUGCCUUCCAUGUGCAUUGCAUGUGCCAUCCUAACUUAGCCAGCUGAAUUUCGCCCAAGGCCUGCUUUGUGCCAAGCCUUAGCUCACUUUGACAUUGCUCCGCGCCAAUGUCUUGCCCGCAACCCGCUGCCAUGAUUUUUCCGCACACGCCCGGCGCCGCUGCCGCCCGCGCACUGCCUUGGCCUAGUUUCUGCCUUGUCC